AUGGCGAUUGCCUUACUGUUUCAGUCUAUUUCAGAGGCGUUAAUUCUACAGCUUGGAGAACUUGAUACAGCAAAAUCUGUGUGGGAAGCCAUACAAGCGAGACAUGUAGGAGCUGAAAGAGUAAAAGAGGCAAGAUUGCAAACACUGAUGGCUGAAUUUGACAGGAUAAAGAUGAAAGAAUCUGAUACAAUUGAUGUAUUUGUGGGAAAGCUUUCGGAGAUAACAUCAAAGGCUACGGCACUUGGAGAAGUCAUCGACGAACCAAAACUUGUGAAACAUUUUCUGAAAAGUCUACCACGAAGACGAUACAUACAUAUUAUUGCAGCACUAGAGCAAGUUCUUGAUCUAAAUUCCACUAGCUUCGAAGACAUAGUUGGGAGAAUGAAAGCUUAUGAAGAGAGGAUUGGAGAAGAAGAAGAGGAAGAUGAACAAGAUGAUCAACGAAAACUUAUGUAUGCAAAUUCAGACUCACGACCAUCCUAUCAAGAUAACUAUGGCGGAAACAGAGGACGAGGAAGAGGACAAGGUGGUCGAUCACAUUGGAGAGGUAGAGGACGCGGUCGUUAUGGUUCAUGGUAUAAACAGGAACGUGAUGAUUCUAAGAUUACAUGCUAUAGGUGUGAUAAAUUGAGACAUUAUGCAUCGGAUUGUCCUGAUAGACUACUGAAGCUUCAAGAAACAAUUGAGAAGAAGGAAGAGGAUACACAAGAGGCAGAUAAGCUUAUGCUACAUGAGGUAGUUUACUUGAACGAGAAGAAAGUAAAACCAAGCUUACUAGAUUUUGAUCAGGCUUCAAUACACUUGUGGUACCUUGACAAUGGAGCCAGCAACCACAUGAGUGGGAACCGAUUGUUCUUCUUUGAGAUGGAUGAAACCAUCAAGGGAAUGGUAAAGUUUGGGGAUGAUUCGCGCAUUGAGAUAGAAGGAAAGGCUCCAUACGUUUCGUGCUGGAGAAUGGUGACAAGAAAGUUCUUGAUGGCGUAUACUUUAUUCCUGGUCUGA